AUGAGUGUUACACCAGCAUCCACACCUGCUCCGACAAUGGCGGCAGUGGCAGCAUACCCCAGCAUGGAAUGGGCCACCACACUUGAUAUCCCGUUGAAGGCCUCUGAAGAAUUAGUCUCCAUUGAUUUAUUAACUGAUUUACCAGAUGAUCCAUCCGAUUUACGUACGUUACUAGUGGAGGAAUCUGCUUCCCGAGAACAUUGGCUUACUAUUGCUUGUUCGUACGUGAAUCAAGGUCGAAUUGAUGCAGGGAUUGAAUUGAUUAAGAUGGCAUUACAAGUGGAUCAUUUUGUCGAUUCUAAAAUAGAUAUGGGGCAUUUCUAUACGUUUUUGACGUGGUGUCAUUUGAAAAAAUGUAAAUUAGUAUCUAGAACCAUUGAAGAAAAAUUUAAAUAUUUGAAUGAGGCUGAGAAUUGUUUGAAAGAAGCUAUUGGGAUUAAUCCAACUUGGGUUUGUAAUAUGUUGGCUACAGUGGAUUUAUAUUAUCAGAGAGGACAUUAUGAUAAGGCUUUGGAGACUUGCGAUUUGUUCGUUAAGGGGUUACAACAAGAUGUAACGAAUUUAGCGACGACGAAUGCCUCUCCGAAUUGUAUGUUUUUAUUAUUGAGAGCUAAGUUAUUGUUUAGGAAGAAAAAUUUUAUGGCAAGUUUGAAAUUGUUUCAAGAGUUACUUGUUAAUAAUCCUGUUUUGAAACCUGAUCCAAGAAUUGGGAUAGGUGCCUGCUUUUGGCAAUUAAAGGAUUAUAAGAUGGCAAUUAAUGCAUGGGAAAGAUCAUUAGAAUUAGAUCCAACAAAUAAAAACUCUAAAGUCUUAUGUUUAUUAGGUAAAUUCCAUAAGACAUUAAUCGAUUCAGGGAAUGAUGAUGAGUUUAAAGACAAUUUUAAGGAUGCAAUGAUUGAUUUAUCUAAUAUUUAUCAAACUGAAAAUGGGAAAGAAAAUCCUGUCUUGUUGACACUUUUACAAAGUUAUUACUAUUAUAAAGGUGACUACAAGAAGAUCUUGAAUAUUUACGAAGAAAGGAUAAAACCAAUUAGUUCUAUUGUGACAGAUACAAUUUUAUCUGAAUCCACAUUAUGGUGUGGAAGAGCUUACUAUGCGUUGAAUGAUUAUCGUCAAGCAUUCGCCAUGUUUCAAGAAAGUUUAAAAAAAAAUGAAGAUAAUUUAUUAUCCAAAUUGGGAUUAGGUCAAACACAAAUUAAAACAAAUCUUUUAGAAGAAAGUGUUCUAACAUUUGAAAAUAUAUAUAAGACUAAUGAAAAUAUUCAAGAAUUGAAUUAUAUCCUAGGUUUAUUAUAUGCGGGAAAAUGUCUCGACAAAAAGGAUAGCCGCAAUAACCAGAAAAAUGAUACCGAGAAAAAAAAUGCUUCCAAUAAAGAACUAUCCAUUAUGAAUUCCAAAGCCAUAAAAUAUUUAGAGAAAUAUAUUAAAUCAACAAAUUCUAAAAGAAACCAAUUAGUCAUCCCAAGAGCAUAUUUCGUCAUAUCUCAAUUAUAUGAAUCAACAAAUCAAUAUAAGCAAUCAUUAGAAUAUUUAAUAAAAGCAUUAGAAGAGGUUAAAUUUGUUAAAAAUGGUAGAAUUGAUGAUGUCCCAAUUGAAUUAUUAAAUAAUUUAGGUUCAUUUUAUUAUAUGAAUGGUGAUAUGAUAAAGACGAAAGAAUAUUUCCAACUAGCCAAGGAAAAACUCACUUCUGGAUCAUCAUUAUCUUCCUCUACUGAGAAUGAAUCCACUCUUAUAACAGUGAAUUACAAUAUUGCGAGAAGUUUAGAAUCAGAACCAGAAAACAUUACGAAAGCACAAGAACUAUAUGAAGAUAUUCUUUCGAAACAUCCUAAUUAUAUUUCAGCCAAGAUAAGGAACUUAUUCUAUAAAUAUUUAAACCACGUGGAGGACCCUAAAAUGAUUGAAAAUGAGAUGGAAUCAUUGAAUGAUAAUAAUGAAUCCAAUUUGGAAAUUCGUUCAUUUUAUUCAUGGUUUUUGAAAAAAAAUACAACUACUCAAAAGAGAGAAGAGAAGCAAACUUCGUACAAUAAAGACACGUUAGUUAAAUAUGAUUCGCAUGAUCUUUAUGCAUUGAUCUCUUUAGGGAAUUUGUAUUGUAUUAUUGGUAGGGAAUGUAGGAAGAAUGUUAAAGAACAAGAGAAAUCUAAGCAUUCUUAUUUGAAAUCUAUUCAAUUAUUUCAAAAAGUUUUACAAAUUGAUCCUAUGAAUGUGUUUGCAGCUCAAGGGAUUGCCAUUAUAUUUGCUGAGAGUAAAAGAUUAGGGCCUGCCUUGGAGAUCUUGAGGAAAGUUAGAGAUUCUAUUGAUAAUGAAGAUGUUCAUAUUAAUUUGGCUAAUUGUCUCUUGGAAAUGAGAGAAUUCAAUAAAGCCAUUGAGAAUUAUGAUUUGAUUUUGAAGAAGUUUCCAAAGAUAUCAAAUAAAUCACAUAUUUUAAAUCUUUUAGCCAAGACGUGGUAUUCUAGAGGGUUAAAGGAAAAGAAAAUUGAGUUUUUCUUUAAGGCUUUAGUUAAUACUGAAGAUGCAAUUAAAUUUGAAAAUGUGAAAGAAACUAAGAAUGAAAGGUUUUUAUCUAUUUUGAAAUUUAAUGUUGCCCUAUUGAAUUUCCAAAUUGCAGAAACCUUAAGGAGAUCAAAUGUUAAAGAACGUAGAAUUAAAGAUUUACAAAAAUCUGUUAAAGGUUUAGAUGAUGCUAUUAAUAUUUUAAAGGAAUUGAAUGUUUCUAAAGAUUUCAAUAUUAUACCAAAGGAGGAAUUAGAGCAACGUAUUCAAUUAGGUGAAACUACUAUGAAGAAUGUUUUAGAACGUUGUUUAAUGGAGCAAGAGCAAUAUGAAAGGGAUCAAAAGAACAAACUUUUAGAGGCACGUAAAUUAUUAGAAGAACAAGAAUUGAAAGUUAAAGAACAAUUAAGUAAAGAAGAGGAAGAGAAACGUUUGAAAUUGGAAAAGCAAACUGAAGAAUAUAAGAGAUUACAAGAUGAGGCGCAAAAAUUGAUACAAGAACGUGAAAGUUUAUUAGUUGAAGAAGAUAACGUCAGUGAUAAGGCUUUUUCAGGUGAUGAAGAUGAAGCUUCAAAUAAGAAACCUAAGAGAAAGAGGAAAAGAGCUGCUACCGCCACUACAAAUGGCGAAAGUGGGAAGAAACCCAAACAGAAGAGACAAAAGAAAUCCAGGGGUGUUAUUUCUGAUGAUGAAAGUGAAGAAGAAGAAGAAGCAAAACUAACUGCUGACGAAGACGAGGACGAUGCCAUUGUUAGCCGUCGUGGCAAGAAAUCUACGUUGUCUAAUGAAAUGGUGGACGAAAGUGAUGAAGAAUCGGAUAUAGAAGAUGAUGAAGAAGAUAAAGACGAUGGUAAUGACGGUUUGUUCUAG